AUGCUCGAGGCGACGACGAUUUCCGACUCCAGCGGUGAUGGCGAGGCGGGAGGAGAGGGAAUGCAGGCAGCAGGCAGGCAGGUGGAAGCUAGUUCUCCUCAGGAGCAGCAGCAACAGCCAGGUUCCACGUCAGCAGCCGCGGCAUCUGGCUCGGAAGAUCCCCCUGAGGCGCCAUCCGGAUCUGCUGGUGGCUCGGCGACCGAACCAGCAGUUGGUUCGGCAUCCAAGCCUCGGGGAGCGAAGAAGCCACACUACCGGAACGUGAUAGACCAGAAACUUCAACAGGAGAUUGUGGCUCUGAAGCAGGCUCAUCCCGUGCUCACCAGCGCACAUAUUGCGCGCGCGGUUUCAAAGCUGUACGGCAUCCCGCUAAAAGAGUCGCAGGUGGAGAUGAUUAUACUGAGGUCCACUGUAGACAGGUCCGUUCAGAGCGACUGGACCAGGUGGCGGCGUACGCGUUAUAAGAACGCGCCGCUGGAGGAGGCGCUGGUGAAGUGGGUGCGCGAGAGGAAGCGCGAGGAGGAGCGGGAUCCGAUGAGAGUGAUUAAGGGGAUAAAGAAGCAACUUACAGUCAAAGAGAUGCGGGAUUAUGCGAUGAAAUUGGGGCCGUCGCAUGGCGUGCCUGACGUGUUUAAGUACAGCGAUCAUUGGAUUAAGAAGGUUUUAGAAGAAAACGGGUUAAAUAAGAAAGGAGAGGAGAUUAGUAGGACGGGAGGUGAAGGUUCGGGGAAUAAUGACGGUGGGAGCAGUGGAGCAGGUUUGGGGGAAGGUGGUGCUGACGGAUUGGACAGAGGCAGGAUCCCAGGCUCGGAAAAGACAGUCUCGGAGAAGCCCAAGCCGAAGCGUCCUGUGGUUCGGAACGAGAUUCCGUUUGAACUCCAGCUUCGGUACGAGAUUGCUGUGGUUAAGCGCGCUCGGCCGCACUUAGAGAAUAGAGUGAUUGCUGCUGCUAUCAGGGCUAAGUACGGAGUGGAAAUGACCCCAAGGGCGAUAAGGAAGAUUGGGGAGGAGAGCGAUAAGUGGUUUAGGUUGGCUGCAGGUGCGGUCUCAGAUCCUGACCAGUCUCGAAUGGAGGAGGCUUUAGCUGAGUGGGUGAUUAAAGAGGAGGAGACGGAGAAGAGGGAGGUGACUAUAGAGGAGAUUAUAGCGAAGGCGAAGGAGAUUGGGCCGGGGCAUAAGGUGCGGCCGAAUUUCAAGUAUGGCAGGUCGUGGGCGACGCGGUUUAUGAAGAGGUUUGGGUUGUUGUUGUUGUCGGAGACUAGUACCAAGGAAGCUGAUAACGAGGAUGAGGGAGGGGCGAGAGGAGCGGGAGGAGAGGGAGGCGAUGAUGAUGACGACUGGUUUGAGAGAGAACUCGGAGGGCGAGGAGUUGGAGGAGGAGGUGGAGGAGGAGGUCAGGCAGGGAGGUAUGAGGCUAGCGAGGGAAGAAGGCAAGGGGGUGAUAGGAAGUCUGGGGGAGAGGAGGAAGGGCAGGGGGAUGAGGACAGGGAGGGAGAGGAGUGGGGAGGCGAGGAGGAAGGGGGAGAAGAGGGGGAGGAAGAGGGGGAGGAAGAGGGUGAUGGUGUUGAGGGAAGGGAGGUGGAUGGUGGGCUAGUUAGCUUUGUAAAUCUGCAGAUGCGAACCGCGAGUCGGGCUGCCAGGCAGGUGUUGUGUGAGUCGGCAGGGGCAGGAGGCGCGGGUACAGGGGCAGGAGGCGCGGGUGCAGGGGCGGGAGGCGCGGGUACAGGGGCGGGAGGCGCGGGUACAGUGGCGGGACGCGGUAUGAGAAGAGACGGGGGAGAAGGAGAUGGAGGGGGGAAAGGAGAAGGGGGCGGGGCCGGGGAGGGGGAGGGAAAAGACGGGGACGGGGAAAGGGAGGGGGAAGGCGAAGGGGAAGGGGAUGGGGAAGGGGAAGGGGACGGGGAAGGGGAAGCGGGAGGUGGCGUGAGUAGCCCUGAGCCUGAUCAUAGGGAUGCAGGAGAAGAGGUUUCUCCAAGGGUAAAUAGCCCUUGGUCUGCGGAUAUUUUGAAUGAGCUGUUUGAAGAAGCGGGGGUAGAUGGAAUUGGCACAGAUGGGGCCAGUGAUGGGGAUGGGGAUGCUGGUGGUGAUGGCAGUGGCAGUAGUGAUGGGGAAGGUGAUGGUGGUGCGUGUAAUAGUGGUGAUAAGGAUGGUGAUGGUGGUGCGUGUAAUAGUGGUGAUAAGGAUGGUGCCGCGGCUGUUGGUGCUGCUGGUGGUGGUGGUGAUGGGGAUGGUGGUGGUGAGGGUGAUGGUGGUGCGGAGAAACAAAGGCAUGAAGCACACAGUGCGCCACACAGUGAGCCACAGAGUGCAGACACAGAAGCUGUUGCUGUCAUGACACUCACAGCGGAGGGGGAAGCACUGGAUGAGGACAGCAGUGAAGCAGAAGCAGAAGCAGAAGCAGAAGCAGAAGCAGAAGCAGAAGCAGAAGCAGAAGCAGAGCCAGGCGCAGUGGAGCUUGUAGUGUUGGAUGCAGCCGACAAGGGAGGCCUCACUGAUGCUGCCCCACCAGCGAUGGGUGCAGCCACCAGCGCACCCACCGGCAUGCCUAUCUCUUUCCCCAUGGCUAUCGUUCUUGCCCUUGCUGCUCCCAGGGACCCUGAUACCCCCGCCACACCCCCCUCCACAACCCUUUCCACCUCUUCCCAAGCUGCCCUGGCGUCUCAAGCCACGAAACCCCCCAAUUCCUCCCAAGCAGCCCAGGCUGCCGAAACCACAGAGAAGGCACCGUAUUCUGAUGCUUCUUCUGGAAAAGCUGUUCCUGAUCCCAAGCGUUGCACGGCUCGGGAGUUGACGGUGGGUCAGAAGCGCGCCUUCUGCCUCGUGCGCCACGCCCUGCCGAACCUGCGCCGAACCAACAUCCACGAGCUUGCCAAGGCUGCGCUGCCGGCUUGGGGAGUGCGUGUGUCGUUUGAGACUGUAAGGCAUGUGGUUGGGGAUAGCUGGUGGCUGAGGAUUCCUCGUGGGAAGGAGGAGGAGAUGAAGAAAAAACCAAGGAAAAAGAGGAGGAGUAGGAAGGAGAAGGGCACAGGGCAGUGCGCGAAGCUGGAAGAGGCGCUAUGGAAGUGGAUAGAGGGGAUAGGAGCAGCGGAAUUGGUGACGAAAGGAAGGGUAAAGGAUAGGAUGUUGGUGAUGGAAGUGGGGGAGCGGGGUAGGGGUGGGACAGGCGGGAAGUUUGGAGACGGGAGAAGGAGACGGCAUUGCUCGUCUGAGAUCUCUCAAAACCCUCAAUUGUCCGCUCCUGUUUUUCUGACGCUGGAGAUGAUAAGAGGCAUGGCGAAGGAGCUAGGACCGACUCUAGACGCUCCUCCUGGAUUUAAAUACGCAGAGAACUGGGUGCGGAGGGUUGUAGCGCGGUGGAAGGCGAGGGCGAGGAGUGAGGAGGGGGGGCGAGCGGAGGGGGUGGAUGGGGAUAGGGCGGAGGGUGGGGAUAGGGCGGAGGGUGCGGAUGGGGAGGAGGGUGAGGAUGGGGAGGAGGGAGAGGAUGGGGAGUGGUCAGAGGAGGAGUCGUCUGGUGAUGAGGAGAGUGAUGAGGGGGAGGAGGAGGAGGAUGAGAGUAACGAGGGUGAAAGUGAGGAUGAUGAUGUGGUGGAGGUGGGGGGAGAAGGAGGAGUGAAAGGGAGGACGAAGAGAGGGCGGAGCGGGGAGACAGCAGGGCAGGAAUCGGAGCAUGCAAGGGGUGGGAAACGAGGGAAAAUCGCUGCACCUUCUGCUGCUGCUGGUGCUGCUGCUGCUCCUGGUGCUGGUGCUGCUGGUGCCGGGGCUGAUAAGAAUCCAGCUGAUCAAAAUCCGCACCGGUAUGCGCUGGACAAGUGGGCUGAUGAUCCCGACCUUUCCAGCCUCAUGCGGUGCGUGCUCGGGCCAAACUGGCUCACACAGUACAUACAGCGCGGCGGCAUUGCGUACGAGAACGACGGCAGCUUGUAUGCUGAUGCUGCUGUCGCUGACUCCCCUCCUCCUCGCCGUCGCCUUGCGGCUGCUGCUGGCGCUGCUACUGCUGCUGCUACUGCUGCUGCUGCUGGGUUCAGCAGUUCCCCGGCUGGUGCGGCCGGUGGCGGUACCGUUAUGUACCGUUAUGAUCCGCAUGGGGAUUCAUGGACAGCUGUCGCCGCUGGUGCUCGAGUCACAAGGAGCCAGGCUUUCGCAAAAAUAGCACCACGAGGAGGAGGAGGAGGGGGAGCGGGUGUAGCAGGCAUGGCAGGUAUCACAGGUAAAGCAGGCAAAGCAGGUGUGACUGCCACAGCAGGGGGCACAGCAGGGGGCACAGCAGGGGGCUGGGACGCAGCAGGAUCGCCACUCAAUUUCCAGCAGCUCAACUUACCCCGACCACAACAGUUGCGUGCAACCCCACAGCACACCGGCCCCUCACCCCACUCCCACACGUAUGGCUUCGCUUCUCAGACACAGCCUGCUGCGGCCGCUUCACCUGCUGCUGCUGGUGCUGCUGCUGCUGCUGCUGCUGGACCUUCUUCUAUGCCAGGCAAUCUGGGGGCCCUGGUGAAUGCAGGGGCUAAUCAAGGCUCAGGAGGUGGUAACCAGCAGCAGCUGCUGAUGCUGCUCAACCUCUUGGCCGCACAGGCAGCAGGAGGAGGUGCCGGAGGGGGUGUGGGAGGAAGUGUGGGUCUAGGAGCAACGCUUGGAGGAGCAGGAGGGGUCGGAACAGGAGCAAGAGAUGCACCUGCUACAGAGGCACCUGCCACAGAUGCACCUGCCUCAGAUGCACCUGCUACUGAUGUACCUGCUACAGCUGCUUCUCCUAAAUCGCCUGAGGCUGAAGCCACAGCAGCACCAGUCACAUCCCCAGCAGGCACAGCCGCAUCACCUGAUUCACCAGAGGCUGGGACCAAAUCAGCUACAGCCGCAUCUGUAGCAGCUACAGCCGCAUCUGAAUCAGCUACAGCCACAUCUGUAGCAGCUACAGCCGCAUCUGUAGCAGCUACAGCCGCAUCACCUGAUUCACCAGAGGCUGGGACCAAAGCAGCUACAGCCGCAUCACCUGAUUCACCAGAGGCUGGGAUUACAGAUGCUGGGGUGGAUGCAAUUGAAAGCACCGUCAGCAAGAUCCUUGGAGGGAAGGAUUCUGACACGCCUGUGGCUGCUACAGCUGGUGACGAUGUACCUGCUACAACCACGGCUAAGGCUGUAGCAGCUACGGCUGCAGAGGCUGGGAUUACAGGUGCUGAGGAGGAUGCAGUUGAGAGCACCGAGCCCAGAGCAACAGCUACAGAGGAUAUGGAAGUGGAUGGUGGUGGUGGUGCUGCAGCCGAUGGUGCUACAGAUGGCGGUGCAACAGGUGACGGCGAAUCAGGUGGUGGUGCUGCAAAUGGUGGUGCUGAAGGUGAUCGUGCUGCAGGCGAUGGUGCUGCAGAUGGUGGGAAGUCGAGAGGGGUGCCUAUGGAUGCGGAAUGUCAAGAGCAUCAAGCGAAGGACGCAAUGGAUGAGGAGGAUGGAGGAGAUGAUGAUGCAGUACGUGAUGGUGGGGUGGCAGAUGGUGGGGCUACAGAUGGUGGGGCGGCAGAUGGUGGGGCUACAGAUGGUGGGGCUUCGGAGGGAAAGGCUAUGGAGGUCCCUGUGGAUAUUCCAGACUGCUUUGGUUAA